AUGGCCAUGGAUGAAGAAGGAUCCCUUGCUGGCAAACUUCCUCUAGAACCUCCGAGUGGCCUCACCAUCAAGAUUUCUACCUCUGGCAGCAAAACUGGUAAAAACAUCUUAACUCCCCUUGGUUAUUCAAAUUCAGAUUCAGCUUCUCCAAACUUAAAGAACUCAAUUGAAUCAUCAACAUGUAACUCUCCACUAGUUUCACCACCGUCAUCAGCAUUUGUUUCAGCCUUACAAUCACCAUACAUAUCACCAAGGGCUAUAACCCCAAAACCCCAAGAGAACCCAGCCACCCCACCGGAGAACCCAAUACCAGGCUCCCACUCCACACCACCAUUCUCAUCAUACCGUGGCUCACUAUCAGAUGACAUACCAAGCAGCUCUUACACGCCCCCAUCGGACCAAUAUGAAUAUUCUGAUGACCUUACAGAGGCCAAGCUCAAGUAUGUUACUUGUGUACCUGUCCCAGAUCCUGCUCCUCCUAGAAUCUCAUUCUCUUUUCCAGUCCCACGCAUUUCCUUCAAAGGGCCUGUUUCUCCAGCUUCCAAUGCCAAACUCAGGAGCUGUGAUGUUUACAUUGGCUACCAUGGUCAGAAUCCUAAUCUUAUGCGCUUCUGUAAGUGGCUUAAAUCAGAGCUAGAGCUUCAGGGAAUUGUCUGCUUCGUAGCGGAUAGAGCCAAGUACUCGAAUACUCAGAGCCAUGAGAUCGCGGACAGAGUUAUCUGUUCUGUGACUUAUGGAAUCGUGGUCGUGACUAACUCAAGCAUCCUCAACCAUCUCAGCUUGGAGGAGAUUAGAUUCUUUGCUCAAAAGAAGAACCUGAUUCCAAUUUUCUUCAGCUCCGGCCCCGCUGAGAUCACAGGUCUUCUCAACGGCAAUUCAAUUGAUAAAGAGUGUAGAGAAGCGAUUGACGGACUAGUGAAGUCUAAUGAAUUGAAGCUGGAGGUCAAUGAGGGUAAUUGGAGGAGCUGUGUAGCUAAAGCCACUGGGAUAUUAAGAACAAAGCUCGGGCGAAAGAGCGUGGCCGAGAAAGCUGCAGAAGGAUUUGAGGAGAUUCCAUUUCCAAGGAACAAAUGUUUUGUAGGAAGAGAGAAGGAGAUUAUGGAGAUUGAAACCGCAUUAUUUGGAUGCACUGAUGGUUGUGAACAGGAUUACGCUAUGCCGAUCGUUAAAGGAGAAACCAGGGGGCAAUCUGAGGGCCUUGCAGAUGAAGAAAGUGAGACUUUUAGCAGCCGAGGAGGGAGAUUCAUUAAUUUGGAAUUGGGAGGGAAGUGCAAAGAACCAACACUGGAGGCUUGGGUGGAACCAGUUACGGGAAGGAAUUCAAUGAAGAGAUCAAAGUACAAGAAAUCGAAAAGCGGGAAUUACAAGACCCUGGAUAGCAGUGUGUUUUGCAUAAACGGUGUUUCAGGCAUUGGAAAGACAGAACUUGCACUUGAAUUUGCUCAUAGAUAUUCUCAGAGGUAUAAAAUGGUCUUGUGGGUUGGAGGGGAAGCUAGAUAUUUCAGGCAGAACAUACUGAAUCUAUCACACAAUUUGGGGUUGGAUGUGAGUGCCGAUGCCGAGAAGGAAAGAGGGAGAAUCCGAAGCUUUAAAGAGCAAGAAAAUGAAGCAUUCGAGAGGGUCAAAAGGGAAUUGUUUCGAGACAUGCCAUAUCUGCUCAUCAUUGACAACCUUGAUACAGAAAGAGAAUGGUGGGAAGGGAAGGAUCUGCAUGAUUUGAUUCCAAGGAACACUGGAGGGACUCAUGUGAUCAUCACAACGAGACUAUCCAGGGCGAUGAACUUUGACAUAAUGCAGCUGCCGCCAUUGGAAUUGCCUGAUGCAAUGGUUUUAAUGACAGGAAAAAGGAAAAGAGAUUAUCCAACCGAGGAGCUUGAAUUUCUUCAUAAAUUUGAUGAGAAAUUGGGAAGGUUGAGCUUUGGCUUGUGGUUGGUUGGAUCACUGCUUUCUGAGCUUGCGAUUUCUCCAUCCGCACUUUUUGAAGCUGUGAACCAAGUUCCUCUUGAAGAUGGUUCUACUUACUCCUAUAUGAGCAUGAGUGACGAGCAGUACUGCAAGAACAACCAUUUCCUAAUGAAACUACUUCAUUUCAGUUUCAUCGUCUUACAACAAACCAAUGGGAGAAAGAACCUUCUUGCCUCAAGAAUGCUUCUUGUCGGUGCUUGGUUUGCCCCAGCUCCUAUUUCAGCAACUUUGCUGGCUGCUGCUGCUAAGAAUAUGCCUGCCAUUGGAAACGGAUUCAGAAAAUGGACCGAAUGCGUGAGCCUCGCAUUUUCUUGCUGCUCUGGUUGCGGAUUAGCACCCCAAAGCGAAGAAGAUUCAGCCACUCUUCUUGUUAAACUAGGCUUAGCGCGAAGAGCCAACAGACAGCCAGGUUGUUGGAUUCAAUUCCAUCCAAUAACUCAAGUUUUUGCAAGAAGAAAAGAAGGUUUAUCAGCAGCCAAGGCUACAGUCCAGGGAGUAAGGAAAGUUGGCAAUCCAUCGAUGAACUCACAUCAUCUAUGGGCCUCUGCAUUCCUUGUCUUCGGAUUCAAAUCCAAGCCUCCGCUUGUUCAACUGAAGGCUAUUGAUAUGGUUUUGUACAUAAAGAAGACAGCUGUGCCACUCGCAAUUAGAGCCUUCACAACCUUCUCAAUGUGUAAUUCAGCACUGGAACUUCUGAAGGUGUGUACUAAUGUGCUUGAAGAAGUGGAGAAGUCAUUUGUAUCGCAAAUACAGGACUGGUGCCAUGGUUCGCUUUGUUGGAAAAGGAACAUACAUGGUCAUCAAAGGGUAGAUGAAUAUUUGUGGCAAGAUGUGACAUUGUUGAAGGCUAGCCUACUUGAGACUAGAGCAAAGUUGCUGCUUAGAGGUGGCCAUUUUGAUGGCGGUGAAGAGUUGUGCAGGACUUGCAUAAGCAUCCGGACAGUGAUGCUCGGCCACAAUCACGCUCAAACACUGGCCGCCCAAGAAACACUAGCAAAGUUAGUAAGAAUGAGAAGCAAAGGAUGA